AGACCCGGCGGUGCUGACCCCGUUCUGAGAGUUCCGUUCGGUGACACAUUCGACAGAGACGCCACAAAUUUCUCGUCGGCUCCUUCUCACCCUCGGGGACAGCCGGACAGUUCUUAUCCCCAAGAGGCAAGAUGGACGAGUUUGUCAACUGGGACCACGCCGACCCGGCACCGGCCUCCGGGGCCGAGAUGCCCUCCCCCUCGCUGGCGCCGGCCGGCCUAUCGCUGGAUGACAUGGAUCUCGUGUUGGCAAACGUCGCAGGAGACGACCUCUCGUUCUGGGCUCUCCAGCACUUCGAGAACAACGUCUCGCCGUCCAUGCCCUUCUCGGAGGAGAUCCCCAUGCCCACGGAUCGCAGCACCAGGACAUUCGAGGACCAUCUGGAAACCCCUGAGACUCCCUGUGUGAACUGCCAGCUGGGUAGUUACCAGUGCAAGAAGAUCCCGGAGGGUCAGUACAAGGGUUAUUGUACGAGUUGCGUCGCCCUUCGGUGUGCAUGCAGCUUCGGGCUUGAUCCCGUGUUUCCUGCCAAUCCCUGGCCGGUGAUGGGAGACCAUCCCGAGCUGUUGCGUGAGGACGCGCAUUGCGAGACGCACGAAUCCGCCUCCGCAACCGACCUGCCUGGGACGGCUUCUGCCCCUGAAAAUGCGAGCGCCAACCCACCCGCCAAGGGAAAAGCUGGCGCGCGUUUCUCGAGGGAGUCCGUCAAGAUUCUCAAGAACUGGCUGUCCACCCACAGCAAGCACCCCUAUCCCAACGACGAGGAAAAGGAAAUGCUCCAGAAGCAGACGGGACUCAGUAAGACGCAGAUCACCAACUGGCUCGCCAAUACCCGGCGCCGAAACAAGAACGCCGUCGGCCAUCGGUCGACAUCGCCUGGUGUACGAAGCUGGACAAAUCCCAUCGAUAUCCCGCAGAGACGCGGCACCCCCGCGUCGUUCGAACACAUGAACCCGCUGCAGCGUUGGCAGGUGUCUCCACCGGAACACGAACCAGCGUCCGUGAAAGACAUUGCCCGUGCCGUCAACGCCGCGCGUAGUCUCUCCUCAGGCCUCAACAGCCCCUAUAGUGCCCACUUCACGGACGAUGGCUCCGGAAGGUCGCUCUGUGAUUCCAACAUAAGCAGCGCCAAUACCUCGCACUCGAGCGCGUCCGUCUACUCGUACGGCUCUCGGGGUUCCUUCGGCUCCGGAAGCUCGAUUGCUCGGGGGCGAAGGCGGAGAAGAAGAAAGGCCUUGGGCACCACGCCGAACGCCCAGUCCGGCCCGCCCAAGACCUACCAGUGCACUUUCUGCACGGAAACGUUCAGAACGAAGCACGACUGGCAGAGGCAUGAGAAAUCGCUGCACUUGUCGCUCGAGCGGUGGGUCUGCUGCCCCAACGGUGCCCAGGCAUUCAAUCCCGAGAACGGCCAGAUGUCAUGCGUCUUUUGCGGCCACCCGAACCCGGACGAGGCGCACAUCGACAGCCAUAACUACUCGGCAUGCCAGGAGCGUGCGGUCGGGGACCGCACCUUCUACCGGAAGGACCACCUGCGCCAACAUCUGAAGCUGGUCCACAGCGCCAAGUUCGUUAGCUGGUCCAUGGAGCAGUGGAAGGCGACGACGCCCGAGAUCAGAUCCCGCUGCGGGUUCUGCGGCGCCGUCAUGGACACGUGGUCUAUUCGCGUGGACCACCUCGCCGAGCAUUUCAAGAAGGGCAAGUCCAUGGCGGACUGGAAAGGUGACUGGGGUUUUGACGCCCCUGUGCUCGACAUGGUCGAGAAUUCGAUCCCUCCCUAUCUUAUUCACGACGAAAGAAAUUCUCUGAAUCCGUUUGAAGCCUCGCAGCCGUCAGUGGCCUCGGCCCGGAACGCCUUUGAGCUCAUCAAGUCCGAGUUGACGGCCUACAUUGACAACAAGCGCGACACGGAGGGAAAGGUGCCGACGGACGAAGAACUUCAGCGCGCCGCAUGCGCUCUGAUAUAUGACGCCGAAGCGCUCGCUUCCAAGUCCACCGUGGGCCCGACAGCGUCCUGGCUGCGUGACCUACUCUUCUCGUCCGAGGAUGUGGCACAAGACGCGAGGUGGACGCGAGCCAAUGGUGUCAAUCGGUGGCAGCAGCAGCUCAAGAUCAAUGGCAAAGGCCAUAUUUUCGAGCACGACCCGAUGGAGACGGAGCUCCAAGAGUUCGUCCAGGCUCGCCGUCUGCUCGGGUUGACUGCCCUGGACAGCGAGCUGCAAGCCAAGGCGUUGCUCAUUAUCCGCCGCAUGGAAGGCUUGUCGGAGUACUCGUCGGAAGAGGUGGUACAGUUCCUGAUCCGGCUCGUAAACGGGUCGACGAAGUGGCUUGCUGGCUUCCGUCAGAGGGCCCAGCUGCCGCGUUCGGAAGACAUGGUGGACGAGGGCAGGCGGUCCAAGGACCCCAGCACCAUCGACUCCACGAUCCACAACCCAAGCCGACUGGAGUUCGAGUUAGCGGAAUACGUGCGGGAACAGCGGGCUCUAGGUAUCGAGCCGACCGACGCGGAUCUCCAAACAAAAUCCCGUCUCAUCAUUUACGAGUUCGACGACGGGUGGAAUCAGACUGCCGCAGACGAUCCGCUGUGGCUUGCGAGUUUCAAGCAGCGCCAUGCAGCUGCAAACCCCCCUGCAGAUGCCUUGCUUGAUGCUGCUAGCUUGCCCGUCGCACCAGCUGACGGCGAUGCCCGGGGUCUGCAGCAGCAGCAGGCCAACACGGCUUCGAACAGAAGCCGAUCAGGCGGCUCGGCAUCACCUAUCAACUCCGGGGCCAGCAGAUCCGGAGCAUCAGGCACAGGCCCGUCGAGCUCGAAGGGCACUACUUACUACCUCAACGACGCGACUUGCUACGAUCGCCUGACCCGUGAGCUCAAGAAAUGGGUGGCCUCGACCAUGUCCCCCAACAAUCCGAACUGCCACGUCCCAAGCGACGAGGAACUCCAACACCAAGCCCGGUGGAUCAUCUACGAGGACGACGACCCCUGGAACCAAACUGCCGCUGACAACGCCGAAUGGCUCCGCCGCUUCAAACGCGACGUGGGCCUGCUCACCGAUCCCUCCCUGCCCGGCCUGCCCGCCACUAUCUCCUGGAACCUUUCGCAGGGCGGCUCUGGCUUCUCGCCGCCCUACCUCUUUCCCAAUCCGCUCAACCCUGCCCACGCGGCCCCGUUCCAGGCAAACAGCACCGACGACCUCGUCGCCGUCACCAUGCGCGAGGGCGCCAAGCCGGUCACCGCCCACGGCGCCACCGCCAACCGCUUCUGCCAGGCCCUGACAACGCGCCACGAUCCGCCGCCGAGCGUGUUCUGCUCGCGCGAGCUGGAGCGUGAGCUGUGCGAAUUUGUCACCGCGCAGGUGGUUGCGCACGGACGCGCCGGGUUUCCGGACGACGAGGCCAUCCGCGAACGAGCGAGGGCUUUCCUGGCCGGGCAGGGCGGUGCGGCUGCUCCCGCUACUGCUGUUGCUGGUGCUGGUGGUGAUGGCGGUGGUGGUUAUGCAGCCAGGACGCCGGCGGAUGAUCCGGUGUUGCUGGGUAAGUUCAAGGAGAUGAUGAUGGUGCGGCUGGGCUUGAGCCAAGGGGCGGGAGCAGGGGCAGAGGCAGGGCGCGGCUGAUCUGGAUAUGUCGGGCGUUGCCACCGCUGCUUUGGCCGGGGGCGAGCUAGAUGAUGCACUGCAGCAGAUGGAUUUUAACUUCGGGGAUCUGGGGGAUUUGAUGGGCGUUGCGACGGGUGGUAUGCCGAUGGACCAACUUUGAGCGGCCGAGGAGGCAAUGCGUGACGGGAAAAAUGGGGUAAGUGGUGGCAUGGCGGGAUCUAGCUUCUGCUUUCCUUUAACGAUCUGCCCGAUCUUGGGUAUGUGCGAAAACGAGGAAGCACAGGGCAGUAAUGGGUGGGUUGUGUGGAUGAUGCGAUCGAGUGAUGUCUGAAUGCUUUUGAUACCUCAGCUACCUAAGGUUAAUGGACUGCUGUAGACUCAACGAGCAGGAGAUAGUCAUUCAAUAACAAUCCACUCUCCAGCCGUUUGCUCGUUCGCUUUCCAU